UCAGCUGUUCGGCCAGCUAACAGCGUACCCCGGAACUAGGUACGCGCUGCGCUCUCCUCGGUCGAAGUACCGGUACUCCGGCAGACCGACGAAUAUUUGUUUAUUUUCCGUGUGUGCCGUGUGAUUUUCGAUUAUUUUAUCGAUGGACGGGAUUGUUUUAUUGUUUUGUUUUAGAAGUAACUGAGUGGGAAUGUGUUGUAUUUUGGAUAUAUUAUUGCUUUGGAGAUGAUCGUCGUAACGUUCGCAUCGAUUGAUGGAUGAGCCAAGCGAACCAAUCAGCGACAAUUAAAAAGGAAAAUAAUUAGAUAAUGCCGAGCGUAAAGCGGUACGCCUUGACUGCCUUUGAAAAAUGACCACGCGUCUGUCUUCGUAUGGAUAACGACGUGCUAUUUCUACCAUAAAAAUCGAGUUUUAACAUAGAAAACUGUUUUGCAAGUCAUCGGACAAACGCGAGUUUAAUCAUUUUUUGUUAUGGCUUGGUUUAAGUGCAUCCAAUAAGUUAUCGGGUUCGUUCUGAUUAAAAAUUACGUCAAAAUGUUGACGGCCAACGUGCUGUGCCUCAAGAAGAAGAAAAGAAGAACGUAUAGCCUGUCAAACGCCAACAGGUGCAGAAGUGGAUUUGAAGCAGGAUGUUCAAAAAACGAAAGGUCUCGGGCAGGGACAGUGACUAUGAUGCAGAUCACUGAGGACACGCCUCCUGACAUGUUGGCUGGUGCCAUGGAUUUGACAGUUCACCUGCCGAAUGGACGAAGUACAAAAAUGUCAAUCGAAAGGAGCACACCCAUGAUGGACUUACUGGUUCAGAUUACCGUCGCCAAUCAUCUUCAACUAUCCAACCAUACGUUGCAAGCUCUGGGAAUGGCUCCAUCGUUAGAGCAUAGCGACAUAGUUCUUCCAUUUAAACCAAACACACCUAUAGGGGCUUUAGAUACGCAACACGUUAGGGUGUUGCCAAAAGAGAAGACAUUACCAGCCCCAAAGUACAUAGCACCUGGCCAUCAACCCUUUGAAAGUACAUUCAGGUUAAAAGUACAUCUACCGCGAAACCAGUUGUACGUAACAAGGGUGAGCAGAAACGUUCUGUUGGAAGACAUUAUGAAGAAGGUGUGCGAAGAGAAGAACUUGGAUCCUGUGAAGUACGAAUUCAAACAUCCAGGAAAUCUGGAUACAGUUUUGAACCCAAAACUGACACUGAGCGACUAUCAAAUCACCGAAAUAUACGUUGUUGCCAAAGGAACCGCUAACCUGAAUCAGGCAUUUUCAACCGCCGACAUCAUGUCGUUAAGAAAAGAAGAAGAAAGAAAACAAAUGCACAACAAGACAGGAGGUGGCGUUUUCAAUUUAAUUUUUAAAAGAGGAAAAUCGAGUAUGGGUUCCGGAUCGGUAUCCAGCGACAACAGAUCCAUUUCGCCGACACACAGCGACGAUUCCCGAUCAGUGACACCUCCAGCGGUUCAAGCGCCACCCAUAGUAGCUUUACCAAAGAAAGAUCCUCCACCCGAACGACCAAAACCACCUCAAAGGAAAAGACGACCCGCUCCGAAACCUCCUCAAAUCCAAAUUUCGGACACGAGGAGCGAAGAUAGUGGUGACAAGAAUGAAGCAGUUGCAGGUAGGGCGGAACUUCCCCAAGAACCUCCCCCGAAGAAAGCAAGCGACAACGGACUGACUAUCUGCCAUUCGAGGAAUAGCAGCGAUAGUUCCGGGUACCACGAGGCGUCCAUCCUAAGCGAUCACUGUGCCAACACGUCGCUGCCGAGGAGUCGCCCCAAAUCGGCGUAUGUGGGCGGCAGCGAGUUGCCCGCCCAAAGCACUUCGAAUCUGGGCAGGAUGGCGGUCCAUUCCAGGUCCACUACUAGCUUGGUCACAGGUCGAAGAAAGAAAGCUGCACCUCCUCCCCCACCCUUAGCUAUAUCACCAGCUAGUUCUGUAAUCACCCAAUCAGAAAAACCUAGUCCCCUAGUUGCUAGUCAGUCCGAUAUUACCGUAACCGCAGAACUUUCUGAGGUGUUGGAAACAUCUUUAACCCCAACCACUAACCCUACACCUAAACCUAAACCAAGACAUAAAGGACCACCUGUUCCGAUGCGCCAAAGGCCGAAAAGUCAACAAAUUCGAUCGACCGAUUAUACACAUUUUGAAAAGCUGGAAGAUCACAACCAGGUAUUAGCAAAAGUAAAACAAUCGGAGGAAGUUCAUACUCAGGAUUACCAAGAGAAUCUUAAUGUGUACCUGAAAAGUAACAAAACAGAUAUAGAAAAACCGAAACGUAAAAUAAACAGUACGCUUGACGAAAGUAUGAGAGAAAGAAGACCAAUUCCGUUAGAUUUUAAACUUGGGAAACAACCCAUUAGAAUUUCAUCAAAUGCAGAAGUUGCUUCUACCGAUUAUUCUAUCGAAGAAAUGCUUCCAAGCUUAGAAGUAGUAAAUCCUUUUAAUGCAGACAAAGAAAACUUUCAAUCUCCAGUUUUUCAACCUCACCUAAACAGUGAUUCUUUAAACGUCUCUAUAUCAAGCCUUCAACAGUCCUUUGUUUCUGAUAUAUUUAGUUCACAAGAGUUUUUGAACGAGUCAAAACCAUCGAUUGUAGCCGUGAUCCCUAAAACACCAAAAUCAGAACAUAAAUAUAACUCCAACAAGGACUCCUUUGGAAAGAAAAGAUGUUUCCAGAUAGGAAGUUCCAUUUUGGAGAAGAACUUCGAUGCUGAAUCUAGCAGUAUUAGCAGUAAAAGAAGUUACGAUAGUAAAUCUUCUAGAAACUCUGUGGUGAACGUUUCAGAUGAUGAAAUUGGUGAUAUCGAUGAGGAAAUGUUCAGUGGUUCUCUGUCCAGGGCAUCCAGAAAAAAACGACCAGAAGUUUUUAAUCAGUUGUUCGGAAUGCACUCUUUUGAGGAGGACGUUCAAACUCCUUCGUUCCAAAGAAACACAUCACUUGGUAGUUUUAGUAGUAUGUCUAGUGUACCGGGAUUGAACGGUGCAAAAAUGAGAAAAUGGAAUAACAGUGAAACUCUGGAUUCUACGUCUCUUAAGUCUGUGGGUGUUACAAACAAAUGGGUAGUUGCCGAAGCAACAAAUACAGAAUCGAUUACGUCAACAAAUUAUACACCCGGGCAAACGCCAUUUGAUAGUUUACCAUUAGAAAGUAGUACCCCAGUCAAGAACCAACCCGAAGACAAAAGUCUAGAAUCUACCGACAGCGGUAUUGCCCAAGACGCACAGUCCGAAAAAGAAAAGGAGUCGGACGAAGAUCUUAGGCUAGGCACACCACCGCCUCCGCCAAUUUUGGACGACAUUCCCAAUGAAAUAAAUUACUCAAACCAACCGCAAAAGCUACCUGAAAUUUCAGCAGAAGUUAAUUUCAGUUCCAAAGGUGAUACACAACCUAAAUCGGAAAGUGAAUUGCCAGACAGUUUUACAAAACAACAAGUGCCUGUAUCAGAACCACCUCCAUUAGUUAUACAGGAGGCCGAAGUUGCCGAUGUGGACUGGCAAUAUCAGCUACCGUCGCCUCCUAAAGCCUUCAGGGACUCUAGUCCGCCGACGUUUUUGCAAAACGAAACCAAUACGGUUAGCGAUUUUAAAGACUCGGUUGUAACGUCUCCGGAAUUGUUUGAGAAACUGAAAAUUUUAGAAGAUAAUCAGUCGGAGAAUGGUACUUUGACGAGCGACAUUACUAGUAUAGCCAGUGACGAUCCGCUAAACAGCCUUUCAUUGGAACAUCUUGAGAAACGGAAGUCUUUAGUUUAUAAUAGAGAGUUAUCGACUAGUCUUAAAAUGACUGAUAGUUUAGAAAGUAAAUCUAGGAAUAUGGAUAACUUUACUAGUAUGACGGGAAACUUUCAACCCAAAUAUGAAAGUAGACGUGCAUCGACUGACUCGCAAAAACAACCUGUAAAGCCAACAAGAACUACCGUUGGACAAUCACAGAACCAUCACACUUUACCCAAUUUCAAAAUCUCAACGUAUGACGUUCCGAAACAAAAUAUUACUGUUUUUGAGGAUGACACUAUUAGGAGUAAUACCCAUUCUUCCACAACCACUUCGCGGACACAUACUGGAAAAGCUGUUGAAAAUAUUCCAAUUUUCAAUAAAAAACAGACUUCCGUCAGCGAAGAAAAGGAAUAUAAGUUCUAUAAGCCAACGCCAACUAAUUUUGGAUCAUUUUCCAGUGUGGCUAGAUCGGGAUCAUUUUCAAUUGACAGCAGAUUCGCAGGGAAACCCGUAUCCCGAUCAAAAUCCAGCUUGACUCUAAACAAAUACCAAGCGGAUAAUAAAGGCCAAGAAUCUAUAUCUCGAAGUAAUAGCUUGUUUGAUGUAUCUGGAUUGCAAAGUUUGGAGGUUAUGAAACUCAUUCAAAAUAAAUUGAGUACCCCAACAGGUUCGAUGGAGAACAUUAGCUAUAAGGAAAAAAUAACUGUGCCUCAAAAACAAGUAGCAAACGUAGAAGUAACUCCAAAAGAACCAACCAAAAUACCUGACUUCGAAAUAUUAAAAGAGAAAACGCCACAUUCACCUGAGCCUGUUAAGAAGUACUACUACAGGGGUCCACCCGCUGUCAAUAUGACAACUUGGUCAGAACGCCCCAAAGUUCCCGUGGCUGUCAAGGAAGAUGAAGAUUAUAAAUUAGGAAAUAUGAAUGUAUCUUCCAAACUAAUUGUUAAAACUACAAAUAACGAUAUGGCUAGUAAUAAUACUGUCGAAGUUAAAUCAAAUGGAUUAGAAAGAAAUGUUAACGUGCAUAUUAAUGGGAAACUAACGACCAACAGUAGGAACCAUAACGCUAUUGGUAGCGGUAGUGAGCAAAUCACACAGAAGUCGGGGAACGUUAUAAUUAAAAUUGGAAGUGCCAAUGACAGUAAUAAUUACAUAAGAAAGUUAGAUAAUAAGCACUUUGUUGAUCCGCCCGUUUAUAGGAAGGCCUUUACAAAUAUAAACAGAAAUGACGGUUUUCUACAUUCGAAUCAAAGACCACAUUCCAUUGCGUUUGACUCAGAAUUUGACCCUUCUAGAGUUCCUGUCGUUAGAUCAGUCGAAUUGAAGAAACAGUACAAAAAUAUGCAUAAUACCAAUACAUCCGUUACUCAUAUCUCGGGAAACGAUAUUGUUAAUCAUGAGUAUCAGAACAACAAAUAUACCGAUACCUUUGUUGAAAAAUUUAGAAGCACUGAAAACCUAAGGCACUCGGAGAAACAGGAAAGUGAACCUAACAGAAAAGUAUUCAGGGUCAACAGUAUAAAACCCGCGGAACAUCAGCCAUCAACACCAACAGUGAGAGGUUUCCGUAAUCCCAGUACAAACACAAACACCAAUAACCGAUUUUCAUGGCAUGUUUCAACAAACUACGGUACAUUACCGCAUAAACCAAUACUAGAAAAAGAAUACAAUACAAAUCAGAACGUACCUUUCUCCCAAUCUAAUCUAAGAAGGACUGAAUCCAGUAAGUUGAUUAAAACUGAUGCAAACAGCAACGAUAUUGAAUCUUCCGGGAGAUUACCUAAACCAACAAUGGAAAAUGUUUCAACCAGAAACAAACUUAUUGUCACACAAGGUCCACCACCACCUCCACCACCGCAAAUACCAAAAGUGGCAUUAAAGAAACCAACACCUGUUGAAUCAAAAAUAAACAGUCAACCAACAGAUGCCAGAGAUAUGCUUUUAGAGUCGAUAAGAAACUUUGGAGGGAAGAAGGGCCUGAAGACGGUCAAAGCCUGAUAUUUUUUUUUUAUAUUAUGUUAUUGUAAAUAGUGUUCAUUAUAGUCAUUUUUGUUUCAAGCUCAAUAUUAAGUGAUUACGUUAUUAUAUAUUUUUCUGUUUGUAUGUAAAUUUUGUUUAACUAUUUAUGUUCAUAUGUAAUUUGUAUAAUAUAGCGAGGAGUUGCUAGGUAUUAUUCUAAUAUACGGAAACAAACCAUAAACUAUAUUAAUAUUUUUCCAAAAUAUAAUAAUAAUGUUCUAAAUUAUUGUAUUGCUGAAUUGAGUUAAAAAUGUUAUUAUUCAGAAAUAUUAUUUUAUGUUUUGUUUCCAGUUUACAUAUUAUUAUAUUUAUUGAAUUACGCCAGCAAAUUGUUAUAUUCGUACUAAUUUAGCGUAAAUAAGUAAAACGAGACAGCAAUAACAAUUUCUUUGAUGUAUGGACUAAUAAAUGUGUACGUUUAUAUACCUACAUUAUUAGUACAUUUUAGGGACCAAAGGUUUUGUGGAAAUCAUUAUUUAUUCGUUAUAUAAAAUGUAUAAUAUUCAUAUUAUUACCCAAAAAUAAAUUUACUGAAUUAAA